CGACGCCAUUACAUGGCGACACACAUUUUGUAAACAUUCACAAAGCCAGACCCUGGAGUAAACAAAGUCAUGGAAAGUCUUGUAAAGGUGCACGGAGGUGGUGGCUAUGACUCCGACUUCAGUGAUGAUGAUGGGCAGGGAGAGUCCUCAGAGAAAGGGCUUAAACGGAAACGUGAGGAGGAAAUCUUACAAAAGCCUUUCCAGAAAAGUCGGCACUCCCAGAAAGCUCACCAGAGUUUACACUCUAAUGAAGUGGACAGAGAGGAAGCCAGAAACAGAAGAGCCCACCUGAUUUCAAUGAAUGCUUUUGAGCGGCACAAGAAGUUCGUCGGCGACUACAUUCUUUAUUAUGGAGGACAGAUGGCUGACUUCAGACGCUCUGCAGCCAAAGACAAAACGGAUCUGGAUGUGCUGCGUGAGAAUCAUCGCUUCCUCUGGAGGGACGAGGACGAGGAGGACAUGACAUGGGAAAAAGAACUUGCCAAGAAGUAUUAUGACAAGCUGUUUAAAGAGUACUGCAUAGCCGACCUCAGCAGAUACAAGGAAAACAAGUUUGGAUUUCGUUGGCGGACUGAAAAUGAAGUUGUCUCUGGCAAAGGUCAGUUUCAGUGUGGAAAUAAACGUUGCGAGAAGCAGGAAGGCCUAAAAAGCUGGGAGGUAAACUUUGCCUACGUGGAGCACGGCGAGAAGAAGAAUGCAUUGGUCAAACUCAGACUGUGCCCUGAAUGCUCUUUCAAGCUCAAUUACCACCACAAGAGGAAAGAGGUGAAAGCAAAGACGAAAAGAGUAUCGGAGGAGAACCAGGAGCCACCACAGAAGAAAAAGAAGAAGAAAAAGAAGACAACAAGGAAGAGAUCAUCUUCACAUUCAAAGAAGCACAAACACAAGAGACACAGAGAUCGCUCCACCUCUUCCAGCAGCUCGGAGGAGUCACAGGACUCGGACAAAGACUCUGAAGCUGGUGAUGAACCAGAGGGCCAAUCAGAAGCCGACCACUGGCGUGGACCCGCUCCUGCUGUUGAGGAAAAGUCAAGGGAGGAGGAGUUUGAUGAGUACUUUGAAGACAUGUUUCUUUGACUCCACUGCAGGAUCCCUGCUGUGACUACACUUCCUUCUAAGCACCACUGACAUUAAGCAUCUUCUGUUUGGAGUCUUGUGUGUUCAUGUAGGUUUAUUUUGAUGAUAUGUUUCCGUGCUGCUGCAGAAAUAAACAUGAGAU